AUGCUUCAAUGGAUUCGUACGGAGACCUCCAAACUGGGAUUUGAUGUGGUAAUUGGAAGGUCCAAUAAUGAUUCGGAUAGAAGAUAUGCUUUUCUGACAAUGACGUGCGAAACAAGUGGGAAAUAUAAACCUCCUCUCCAGAAUUUUAAACAAGACGACACUGGUUCAAGAAAAUGUGAGUGUUCAUUUAAGUUGUGUGGUUAUAUGUUGGAAAAUAAUAAGUGGAUAUUUAAUGUCAUGUGUGGUUUUUAUAACCAUGACUUGUGUGAAAAGUUAGCUGACCAUCCAAUUAUGUGUCACCUCUUGUCGGAAGAAAAAUAA